CUGUACCCUUUGGCUGUAACCUAUUGUCCCCGAGCCGCUUCGGGAAACAUUUCGGAGUUCCGCUCCCUUGUCUCUGUGUCCAAGCUAAGGGCGCAGCGGCUGAGCGGGCAGUGCCUGCCGGAGUUCCCGGGGGCCUGCCCCGAGGCUGCGAUACCACAGCGGACUGCCGGCCGCUCCCGGGCCGGGCUGCUCGCGAAUCCCCCGGCAGCAGCGCCGCCCGGCCCGCGCCCGGCAGCCCCGGCGCUGCGCCCCGCGGGCGGGGGAGCCGCGGGCCCCGCCCCGGCCCCGGAUGCAGUCGCGGCCCCGCCGGCGGCGCGGCGCCCAGUUCCUGUGCGUGCCCUCGGCCCGCUCGCCCUCCGCGACAUGUCGCUGGUGGCCGAGGCCUUCGUCACUCAGCUGGCCGCCGCAGAGCCUUGGCCUGAAAAUGCUGCCUUGUAUCAGCAACUGAAGGAGGAACAAAUUUUGCUUUCUGAUAAUGCAUCUUCCCUUGCUGUUCAGGCCUUUUUGCAAAUGUGCAAUCUGCCAGUGCGGGUGAUUUGCAGGGCAAACGCAGAGUACAUGUCCCCAUCUGGCAAAGUACCCUUUAUUCAUGUGGGAAAUCAAGUAGUAUCUGAACUUGGGCCCAUAGUCCAGUUUGUAAAAGCCAAGGGCCAUUCUCUGAGUGAUGGAUUAGAUGAAGUCCAAAAAGCUGAGAUGAAAGCCUACAUGGAAUUGGUCAAUAAUAUGCUCUUGACAGCAGAGCUCUAUCUCCAGUGGUGUGAUGAUGUUACAGUAGAGGAGAUUACUCACCCAAGGUAUGGCUCUCCUUACCCGUGGCCUCUUAACCGCAUUUUGUCCUAUCAGAAGCAGUGGGAGGUUAGGAGAAAGAUGAAAGCCAUCGGAUGGGCUGGAAAGACACUUGAACAGGUGCUUGAAGAUGUAGAUCAGUGCUGUCAUGCUCUCUCCCAGAGAUUAGGAACACAACCAUAUUUCUUCAAUAAGCAACCAACUGAACUAGAUGCUCUGGUGUUUGGACAUCUGUUCACAAUCCUUACUACUCAACUAAUCACUGAUGAACUCUCUGAAAAAGUGAAGAACUACAGCAAUCUCACGGCGUUCUGUCGGCGAAUAGAGCAGCAGUACUUUGAGGGCCGUGAGAAGGACAGCUGUACGAGUGCAGCGCGAUCUUCCAAGAGGUCCUUGCUGAGAUGAGCGUGGUUCCUGGGCUGGGGCAAGUUGCAGUUUUGGGUUUAUCAUUUUUCCGUCAAUUGAUUUUGAGAAUGGAAAUGUGUGUUAGCUUUUUGAAGCUGCCAAAUUAUUCUGGAGUGAGAAAAAAUGUUAAAUACAGUUUUUGUGUUGUCGAAUGCACUGUACACAUUUAAGCUGAAAUGUCUGUAUGAAUGUUUCCAUUUUAAUAGCCUGUAUGCCACUUACUGUAAAGUGACCUUGGAAAAAUAUUGUAUCUGUUUCAAAAAAAUAAAACACUGAAAGUUGA